CAUUUAAUUCCCGGUUAACUUCACCGUACGAGACUGCUGGUGUGUAACAAGAGACAGAGAGAAACGAGACUACAAUUUGAUGAAUCCAAACCCAUGAACCAGUUAUCCUCUGUAGCUCCCACCCCCUGUUGUUUCAUUUCCGAUACAAAUGAAUUAUUCGAUAAAUAUGAUUGCUACACAAACUAAUACUUGUUGUUUUCUCACCAAUUCACUUCACGGAGGCGUUCCUCGAAUCUCCGCCGCUCCUUUCUCGUCUUCUCCGCCCCAGCUUCUUCAGUUUUAUUUUUUUUCUCUGCAGCGUCGAUCAUGCGUAGUUAGGAAUGCGUUUGGGAAAAAUAGAAACCCUGAGUCUUUGUUCUGUUACGACAAAGCUAUACCUGAGGAGAUUAUUGAGAAGCCAAUUGGUAUAUCCUUGUCUCAAAAGGAUGUUGGAGAUAAUACCAGGUGUCCUGAAUGCGAGGCCAAAGGUGCUGUACUUUGUGCCACUUGCUCUGGUUCCGGCUUAUACGUGGACUCUAUAAUGGAGAGUCAGGGAAUUAUUGUCAAAAUCCGAUGUCUAGGUUGCGGUGGAACUGGUAACAUUAUGUGCUCAGAAUGUGGUGGUAGAGGUCAUGUUGGAUGUCCUAAUUUGUAAGGGUCGAACUUGUAUUGUGUUGCAUCCUGUUUAGUAUCUUGUAUUUAAUCUGGUUUGAAAGUUUCCAGCAUGUCCCAGUUUUUGUUGCAAAUUCCUUUAAGAGUUUUUCAUUUCUUUCAGCACCAUAAAUAUUCAGUAAAUUUUGUAUUACAUUGAUAGUAACCUCUUUAUCAUAGAAUAGAAGAAAAUAAUAUACAAUUAACCUUUUUUAAUUA